GCUGCUCAGACAAUCAGUCACUCAGGAUGACGCACCAGUUCCCAACGCUCUCCGAGGCUCAGAAGAGGGAGCUUCAUGAGACCGCUUUACGCAUAGUUUCUCCUGGGAAGGGCAUCCUGGCUGCAGAUGAGUCUGUAGGGAGUAUGGCCAAGCGUUUGGCCCAAGUCGGAGUGGAGAACACGGAGGAGAACCGCAGGCAGUAUCGGCAGAUCCUCUUCAGUGCAGACGAUCGCAUCAACAGCUGCAUUGGAGGAGUCAUCUUCUUCCAUGAGACCCUGUACCAGCACUCUGAUAAUGGAGUUCCCUUUGUCAAAAUGAUCAGGGACAGAGGGAUCCUGAUUGGAGUCAAGGUCGACAAAGGUGUCGUCCCCCUGCCAGGAACUUGUGGAGAAACCACCACACAGGGUCUGGAUGGAUUGUCAGAGCGUUGUGCGCAGUAUAAAAAGGACGGAGCUGUCUUUGCAAAGUGGCGCUGUGUGCUCAAAAUUAGUGACGUCAAUCCAUCAAAACUGGCCAUCAGAGAAAAUGCGAAUGUUCUUGCACGCUACUCUAGUAUCUGCCAGCAGCAUGGCAUUGUGCCCGUCAUAGAGCCGGAGAUUUUGCCUGAUGGUGAUCAUGACCUGAAGCGCUGCCAGUAUGUCACUGAGAAGGUCCUGGCUGCAGUGUACAAGGCCAUGUCAGACCACCAUGUGUACUUAGAAGGCACUCUGCUCAAACCCAACAUGGUCACUCCUGGACACAGCUGCGCCACCAAGUACAGCCCAGAGGAGGUGGCAAUGGCGACAAUCACCGCUCUGCGCCGCACGGUUCCCCCAGCUGUGACAGGAAUUGCUUUUUUGUCAGGAGGUCAGAGUGAAGAGGAGGCCUCUAUCCACCUCAACGCCAUCAACAACUGCCCUCUGGCCAAACCCUGGAUCCUGACGUUCUCCUUCGGCCGAGCCUUGCAGGCAUCGGCACUCAGAGCCUGGAGAGGACAUAAAGAGAACGAGAAAGCCGCCACUGAGCAGUUCAUCAAGAGAGCAGAGGUGAACAGUCUGGCUUGCCAGGGGAAAUACACUGGUGGCGAUAACUAUGGAGAGGCUGGCCAGCGCAUCUACGGUUCCUGCCAUGCAUAUUGAAAAGCAUAUAAAAAACAUUUUAACUAUCAGUAUGUCCUUCCAUACCAUAACAAGAUAUAUUACAGAUGAGUUGUACUGUAGAUACUUAGGUUAUUUCACAAUAUUGACCCACAUAAGGAUGUUAAAUGAAAACAAGAGUGUCUUCUUGCCUUGACAAAUGAGAACAAUCAGAACAUGGCCUUGGGUAUUUCUACUGCAUGUAACGAAUGAAAGGUGUUUACAUGUGUUGCAGUGUGUUCUUGUGGAAGUACUUUGACUAGAGCUUCAAAAUCCUGAACUUACUGUUAGUUCAUGUCAAAGCACAGUUAACUACAUAGUUAAAACUGCUGAAUCUAAGUGAUACAGUUCCCAAGCUAUUAUAUAGAAGUUUUUGUGUGAAGCUUCAAUGUUUGCGUGACAGAGAAAGUGGAUUUGUGUAGUUCAGUUUCUUUAGUUAGUUUGCAGUACACAUGUACAUAUAGAAAUAUUGUAAGAGCAUUAGCUUUGAGCUAAUUUGCUGUCUACAGUCCCCCAGGCAUGAAGUACAAUCAGCUCAAUGAGUAAUAUACACAUGUGGAUGUGUGCUAUCAUUCUCAGUAGUAUUAUAUGUCUAAUAAACAUAUUUCAAAUGUAAGUGUUUAGGCAAUAAAACUGUUCCAGUAAAGUCUGAUUCAGUCGUUUUGUUUUAUGAAGUUUUAUGGGAUGUUGUGCUCCUUAUAAGACGGCG